GCCUAUAAAUUCGUAUAAUUUCUUUGACAACUUUUCUACUUUUCAUAAUAGACCUGUAGGCUAUACUACGGUACCUUUGGGCCUGACUACUGAUAUCAGUUAUACUUUCGGAACAGCUCGUGCGUCAGUGCUCCAUUACUCGGAAUGCCUUUGGUCUUUACGAUAACUUUAGCACUUGCGUUGGUGAUGUGAACUUCCGUGACAUGUGCAGGCACUGGAACCAAGUUCGGAGGUUGACAGGGAGAGUGGUACGAGGGCUGAUCGUUACCAGGGCAAUGUCGUCAGGUUUAACUGGUGUUGAGGCGGGCAAACGGGCGGCUGCACGAGCUGCAGUGGAUAAUCACAUAAAGACAGGUCAGGCUGUUGGCAUCGGAAGUGGUUCAACUAUAGUGUUUGCAGUGGAAAGAAUUGCGGAACGAGUGAAGUCAGAAAACUUACAGCUGCGAUGUGUCCCCACCUCAUUUCAGGCUAAACAGCUGAUCCAGGAUAACAAUCUAACAUUGAGCAGCCUGGAGACUUGUCCUAAGCUUGACGUCGCUAUAGACGGAGCAGAUGAAGUGGACAGUCAGCUCAACUGUAUAAAGGGUGGAGGUGGAUGUCUGACUCAGGAAAAGAUUGUCGCCUCAUGUGCGGAGGAAUUCAUCAUCAUAGCCGAUUAUAGGAAGGACACUGGUGCUCUAGGUACAUACUGGACUAAAGGUAUCCCCAUAGAGGUUAUACCUAUGGCGUAUAAACCAAUCCAGAUCAGGGUCGCAUCAGAGCUUGGAGGCAAGGCAGACCUGAGGAUGGCGAAUCGCAAAGCUGGUCCGGUCGUGACGGACAAUGGUAACUUUAUACUGGACUGGGUCGCACCAACAAAAACUGAGAACUGGGAAUUUGUCAAUCAGCAGAUCAAAAUCAUUCCAGGUGUGUUGGAGACAGGACUGUUUAUAAAGAUGGCUCGCAUAGCUUACUUUGGAAAUGAGGACGGCUCCAUCUCGACACGAAGUCCGCCCUGGCUACAGUCAGCAGGGGACAGAUAACUAUAAACAGAGUAGCUGAAAACUUGACAUACUUGAAUUCUAAACUACUCUUUAAACAAAGUUGUUGAGUUUUUUCAUCUGUUCCUUUUUUUUCUCCGUCCUUGGAGAUUCUGUGAUAUCUUCAGACUUAGAAGGAAUAUUUUAACCAGGUGUUUUUUAUUCUUCUGAUACAGCAUUUGUGUUCUGAUCAAGCUAGAUUUUGGUGCAUUUAUUGCCAGAAAUGUGUUCAGAGUUUAAUGGAGAGAUCUUCCAAUUAUUUACAUAAUUACUUAUUAAACAGCUGUAAGGCCACCAGAAGGAUCUACACGAUAUGUGGGUAUGGUGAGAGUUCUGUCCCUUCGCUAGUGAGAUUUUGUUUUCAAAAUAUGUGUGGAAAUAUAGUUACAUACCUUUGCUAGUGAGAUGUUUUUUGAAAAUGUGUGUGGAAAGAGUUUCGUCCCUUUGCUAGUGAGAUAUUUUCAAAAUGUGGUGUUCCUUUGCUAGCAAGAUGUUGUUUUCAAAUUGUGUGUGGGAAGAAUUACGUCUCUUCACUAGUGAGAUGUUUUCAGUGUUGUUUUUGAGACAUCUGUUGGACUGUAGUGGUCAUAUUGAUAAUGCAGGGUGAUGUGACCUAUUGUCAUUUAAAUUUAAAAUUUUUGAUAAGAUUGUUCGGUUUUUAAGUUGAUAUUACAGAUCUUGUUCAUUAAUAUAAUAUUGUUACCAAGCAUUGUUUUUGGUAGACAGUAUUAUAUUUUGCCAAUAUUUAACCAGUUCUGAAGCUAAGCUAUUUGUGCAGUAUGGUUACCGGUAGUUGAAAUAUUAUCAUUCAGAAGUUUCAGAAGUGCCAUACGUAAAAUGGGAUUCAGUAUUUAGGGGUAUUAUCAUUAUAGUCAUGUUGUUAGCACAAGACACUAUUCUACAAACAAGUUUAUAAGUGCUGAUGAACCGUAUAUACUGAAGGAAGUGUUAGCUUGGCGUUGCUAUUUAAGGUCUGAAUGUCAAAGCCGGCCACUGAUUUUCUAUUAUUAUGAAAAUGUAACAAGAAAGAUAAUACACUUAUUUUAAUCUCACGUGAGAUUUUAUGAAACAUACCUCUAAAUUAAAGCGUUUGCUUGCCAAAGCUCACAGAAAUAACUUCUCUAAAGACUUGUUUCAUAACAUCUUGUUUGUUUCAUAAAAUCUUGUGCAAAAUGAU